GGAUUACGUAGAAAGAGUGAGUUUUAACAACAAAAGAGAGAACAAGAAGAGAUGAGUGUUUUUGGUGGAGAUAGCUGGGCACGAGAAGCACAAUACAGGAAAAGAAGAGUUGAUGAUCUUGUAAUAGACGGACUUGAUGGGUCUUCUCACAAGAAGCUAUCAAGUGGAAAAUAUGCAUGUCUUGUUUGCCCUCACAAUCCCGUCCUCGAAUCUCCUCUCGCGCUCUCUAUGCAUUGUAAGGGAUCCCGACAUAUUGCUGCGGAGUCCAAGCUGAAGGAAAAAGAAUUGAUGAGACAAAGUGAGAUCAAUAAAAGAUUAGCGUUAUCAGAAUCUGAUGUUAGGCCUGCUAAUCCAAGUGCUUCGAACAAAAAUACCAUGUUAGUGAGUAAGCCAUUGAUUGAACAGACAAAGAAGGCAGCUACCGAGAUACUUGGCAAAGGAACUACCCAGUUGAGUUCCAAAAAUCAAAACUGUGAUCUGAAAUUGAGCGUGGGAUAUGUAAAUAUUAUGAAUGUGGUGACCAAAAUCUGCGAAAACAGCUCAUGUCCGGAAGUAAUAGCAUCUGAGAAGAUGCUUGUGCAACAGCACUUGGAUUUUAGGGAGCGGCGAGAGAGGGAGCUGAAGUUCACUGAAGCGGGUUGGAAGCGUGAUUGCCAUGGAAGAUGGUUUAGAGAUGAAAAUGUGGAAUUUGAUUCUGAUGAAGAAGAUCCGAAUGUCUGUCUUGGUUAAAAAUUUAAACGAAGAUCAUCUACAAAGACUUUUGAUAGAAUACUAGUGUGAUCAUCGACAACAUUACUAAUGUUGGUUACUUGAGCAGCAUGGGCGACAACUUUCUUUGGUUUUCAAGAAAUGCAGAAAAAUCUUUCUUCUAUCUUGAUACCUUGAAGAGCUAAAGAUGGAUGGCUUGAUCCAGAUUUUCAAUCAAUUGGCAACUGGAAUGUGCUGUAGAUAUGCAUGUUGUAGUUAAGUACUCUGGGAUGUGGUCGGUGUUUAUGCAGGCAGUAGCAACAUGGCUUUAUAUGGAUCUAUAGUGACUAGUUUUCUUGUUUUUUUUCCAGUAACGAUCUAUAGUGACUAGUUGAGCAUCUUAUAUAAUGCUAAUUUUUGUGGACUGUGCUUUAGAGCUGAAUAAUCCAAUUACAUUUUGUACCGUACAAA